GAAAACCAACGACCUUUUAUUGUUGACAUGAUAGUAUGGUAUUAAAAAGCGUGGUAUUUCUAGUUGUGUUGUAGGUAGUUUUGAUAAUAAAUAUUAUAGAAUGCCUUCCAAUAAACGAAUAGCCUUUUGGGUAUCGGAGAAGAAGUUAUUAAAGCUGAAUUGGCAAGAACUAGAGACAAUAAGCAAGAAAUAUGGGUUUGAGGUGUUCAAAUUAUGUUUGAAAAAAUCUCUUGAAUCACAAGGACCAUUCUGUGUAUUUGUGCACAAAAUGACGGAUAUUAUUGCAUCUGCAAAUAUGGGUGAUAUUAGGUGUGCUAAUUUAAUUCAAGAGGUUGAAACAUAUAUAUCUCAGAACCCGUCUCUUGUUGUGAUAGAUCCAGUAGCUAAUGUAAGAAGAUUAAUUGAUAGGUGCAACUGUUAUAGCAUUAUUCGUUCCACUAAUUUAGCUACAUAUGAUGUUUUUACACCAAAUUUUUGUACAUUAAGGUCAGGUGAUAGAGAAUCUUUGAAACAACAAUUGAAAAUGGCCAAAGUAACAUACCCGUUUAUUUGUAAACCAAUAUUAGGCCACGGAUCAAAGAAAGCCCACGAAAUGUCAAUAAUUUUUAAUGAAAAAUUUUUAUCGGAUAUUAGGACUCCCUGUGUAGCACAAAGCUUUAUUAAUCACGAUGCUGUCUUAUUUAAAAUAUAUAUAGCCGGAGAAAGACAUUGUCACGUGGAAAGACCUUCGUUGAAGAAUUUUCAAGCUUCGGAUAGAGAAACUAUUUAUUUUGAUACAAGUGAUGUAUCGAAAGCAGACUCGAAAAGUAGGUUGUGUGUACUAGAUCCCGAAGAUUUGAUCACACAAAAGCCGAAACCAGAUGAAGAGGUAAUCGAUAUUAUAGCUACUACAUUGAGAAAAGCCUUCGGGAUGGACUUACUGGGGGUUGACGUUGUCAUAGAUAAAACUACGAGGAAAUACGCUAUUAUAGAUGUCAAUGCUUAUCCAGCUCCAUACACUUCCCAGCUAUGUUCAAUAAGUUCGAUACCCGUUGUAUGAUAAAAAUCGUCAAGAUCCUCCAAAUAGCGAUUAACUGUCGACAUCACCUCUUCUUUGUUGGAAAAUCUUAAACCACCAAGCCAUUUUUCAAGUCUGGAAACAGAAAAUAAUCCGAGGAGGCUAAAUGUGGCGUAUAGGGUGCAUGAGGUAGCAAUUCAAAUAUUAAUUAAUUAAUUUGGCCAUUGCAAUAACGAAUGUGUGAGUUGGUGCACGGUAUUGAUGAAACAACACUUUCUUUAUGGCCAAAUGCGGCCGUUUUUGCUUGAUUUAUUCGCUCAAAUGUUGCAAUAAGUUCGCUUUUUCAAGAAGGUCAAUGAAAAUUAUCCCACCGUUAUCCUAAAAAACCGACGCCAUGACUUUCCCUGCAGAUGGAACGGUUUUUGCCUUUUUUGGAGCCUCUCUUUUCAUUACAUUACAUUACAUUUACACCAAAUAAGGAACAGUCAUAUCUAGAGUAGAAUCUAGUUCAGCUUUGAUUUUCAAUAUAAAUGUAUUGUAUCAAAUAACGACGAAUAAUUUUUUCCACGUUUACAAAUUCACUGAAAGUGUUCACUAGAUGGCUGCCAAACAAAUACUAAACAGUGGAAUUUUUUUAAGCAACUACCGCCAUUUCUAUAUUAUGCCAGUUACUUUUGGGACUAUCCUCGUAUAUCAACAAAACAAUAUACACAAAAA